GAUAUGGAGGGUGAUGUGACAACAACUCUUGUUGCACUAUAUAAAAAACUCUGGAUGAGUUUAAGUGAACUGCUUCAAAAACUUGGCAGUGCAUAUUCGAGAACGUAUUCAACUUUAUCUCUGUUUUUACUUACUAAUGUUACUAUUGCAGCAUAUGGAUUCACCAGCGAGGUAAUCGACCACGGUUUUACAUUUACAUUUAAGGAAAUGGGUUUGCUGGUUGAUUUUGCGUAUUCCAUGGGUUUACUAUUCACAAUUUGCGAUUGUUCUCAUAAAGCAUCCGAAUACAUUGCCAAACGUGUACAAACGACAUUAUUAAAUAUUCGAUUAUCUAAAGUUGAUGUCACUACUUCAGAAGAGAUCCAAAUAUUUCUUAUGGCUAUACAAAUGAAUCCACCG